GCUCGGGUUUCAGCUGGUCCGGGCGGAGUCCAUGCGGGAUAAAGGAUUUACACGGAUUUAGCCCAGCUGAAGGUUUAUAACGCGCUUUAGCGAGCACAACACCCCGGCCGACAUGACCACGACGACCACUUUCCAAGGCAUGGAGCCCGGUGCCAAAAACAGCUCCAGGGUGUUGCGUCCCCCCGGCGGAGCUUCUAAUAUUUCCUUCGGUACAGACGAGGAGAAACCAGUGCGCAAAAACAAGAUGGCCUCCAGUAUCUUCGCUGGACCUGACGACCCCCAUGCGCACCGGAGGAACAACCCACCAGGUGGAGAAGCUUCUGGCGUUCUGUGUGGAGAACCGUCGGCCCCUCUGAGGCGGUGCCAGCCCGCCAUCGUUUAUGACAACGGCGCACCCGGCGGCGACCAACAGGCCAACUAUGUGGAUGAACCAGAACAACAAGACCACAAUGAUGAGGCUCCGGAGCCGAAAGAGGACGCCGCACAGUCUUCUGGUGCCUCAGUGCCUGCUGGCGCCCCCUCUGGCCGGAGGAACCCUCCCGGUGGCAAAUCCAGUCUGAUCCUGGGCUGAAACGCUUUUUCAUUGAACUUUCUCUGCUCUAUCUGUCUUUUCUCUAUCUAUUGUUUUUUUUAAGGAAUUCCCUCUUCCUUCACUAUUCUUGUGAGCCAUGGAAAAUGUGUCCUCCACCAUCGUUUCAUUUUUUCUAUUGCAAAAAAAAAAAAGAGAAGCGUUUGUUGACAGAAGCACUUUAUGUAAGAGGUCAGUUUCAGCCGCUCCUGCAGGAUUCAAGGCAUGAGAGAUUCACAUCGACUGUCCGUCUGCCCCGGUGUACAUCAUACAAGGAAAAAAGGACAAAAGAAAAAAAAAAACAUUUGUUGCGCAAAAUUUCUAAGUACAAAUAAAGAUUGAUAUGAAUUUCAA